UACAUCAUGGUGUACGAUGGUAAACCCAGCAAAGGUUGCGGAAACUGUCGCUCCCGCAAGAUAAGAUGCGACCAGACCCGACCGGCCUGUUGGGAAUGCACUCGAACCAACCGAGAAUGCGCUGGGUAUCGCGAUGAACUGUCGCUGAUGUUCCGCGAUGAAACCCAAUCCGUUGCGCGCAAGGCGCGUUCUGUACACUCUUCUUCCGCGGCUUCUACUUCCUCGGCCACGUCUAUGAGACGUCGGAGUCCAUUGCGGUCGGGUCCUUGCGGUUUCACAGAGCAAAGUUCCCGAUCUUCGGUGAUCUCAGACUCUUUCUCGGGCUUGGAUGAGCCGGUUUUUGAGUACAGCUCCGAUCCUGACCUCCAAUUUUAUGCGCACCAGAGAAAACAGAGUCCUCUGGGAACCCACCCCGACACGGGAAUCUCGAAACAAGAGGCUAUCUGUUUCUUUCUCCAGUCGCAUUCCUAUUCCGGUAGUGUUAUGAUAACGGAUACUUUGACCAAUUUCCUCAUGGCAUCCGGUGGGUCAUUGAGUCAGCAGGCGAUACAAUGCAGCAUAGUAGCGGUUGCUAGCGCUAUGCUUUCGCGUGUUCGAAGAUCUGGAUCACUGUGCCACGCUGCGCGUAAGGAAUAUGGAUCUGCGCUUGAGCUUGUGAAUCGAGCGCUUGCCGAUCCUAAUGAGGCUAAAACGAAUCAGACACUUUGUGCAGUUGUUCUUCUAGCGUUGUAUGAAGUGAGUACUUCCCCACAAAAAUCAAAGGACAAAAUGCCAAUGUUUGUAGAUUGUCACAUCAAGGUCCCCACAAGGAAUCGAGGGUUGGACAAGUCAUAUCUCUGGAGCGGCUGCUCUUCUACAGCACAGGGGAGCUUCACAAUGGCAAAACGUAGUAGGAAUCCGGCUAUUCCUACAUUUGAGAUCACAAGUUGUCUCCAGCGCGAUGUUUUUGUACCCAGCUCUCUACUGGAAUGUACAAUGCUUGAUAUCUUCCCCGAGAUAAAGAAUGCCCUCGGGAAUAAACUUAUCGUGAUCGUGGGCAAUCUCGCAAAUCUGCGUGCAAAUAUUCGCACGCAAGCAUUGACCAACCACCAAGAGAUUCUGAGCGCAGCAUGUGUCAUAGAAGCAGAUCUUCUUGCCUGGUUGGCCUCACUGCCGCCAGAUUUUACAUAUAGUACCCAUACACUCAUGCCACUAGACACUGCUUUCGAGCGUCGAUGUCACGGCCUCCGACCCUACAACAAUGAGUAUCACAUCUACCCUGACAUUUGGUCGCCUAAUGUCUGGAAUCACUACCGCUGCGCACGGAUUCUGGUCAGCGAGCUUAUUUUAUCGCAAGUCCACAAAAUAUCUAACAGCUCGCCGGCCUCAUUAUCCGAAGAUUUUCGUUUAUACUCCAACUCUCUACGGUCAACCAUUCGCCGCCUUGGUGUCGACAUCUGCCGCAGCAUCCCAUUUCACCUGGGUGCAUGCAACCUAGAAGUGCUUCCAGAAACGCCUAUUCUUCCACCAGAAAGCUACAUUGGCGGACUUAUGCUGCUAUGGCCCCUAUUUGUUGCCGGAAUGGUGGAAGGGCCAACUCACCCACAGCGUUUGUGGGUAAUCAAGUGUCUUCGAACGAUAGGAAACACGUGGGGACUAGCACAAGCGCUAGCGGAGAUGGACCUUCUCAUUGUAGACCCGGGAAUGUUUUACUCUGCGGAAAUUUAUGGUGAGGCCGCUGAUGUGGUGGCUGAGUCGUCGAAAAUACUUCCGUUUUCCAUCUACCAUGUGCCGUAUUAUAAUCUUCCUGCUUUGAAAGAGUAUCGAGAGCUUCAGGCGACUUCGGCAUAA